UUGUAUAUGCAAUCCAGGAAGAGCUGGUGUAAACUGUGAGAUUGACAUGUCAAAGAGCAAGUGUCCUACAGACUCAAAAGUGACAGAAAAUCAUCUAAAUGCAAAUCCAUGCCAUAGUGAUGGUGGUUGUAAAAAUGUUCUUGGAAGCAGGUUCACCUGUCAGUGCAAAGAUCUGAAUGAAGUUGAUGGGUCACUGUGCCAACUGAAAAAACGUGCAGUUUUGAAAAAGGAUCAUUUGUUGCCUUUCCUGCAUUGAAACAAAGAUGGCGUUUACACAUACAGAUGGAGUUUGCCACCACUGUGCACAGUGGGCUCUUGCUCCUCAACGGACGGUAUGAUGGAAAACACAACUUUAUUGCCGUGGAGGUGUGGCAAGGACAAGUUUGGUUCAGGUUUUCACUUUUUUCCCACGAAGUUAUUGUUACAUCAAAUGUAAAUGGUGGUGUCAUUGAUGGCAAUUGGCAUAAAGUAGAAGUGGCAUUUCAGAACAGGACUGGCAUUAUCAUUGUUGACAACUGUAAACUUGCAGUGGCAGUGAAUUUUGGGACCAAUGCAGCCUUCUUCCCAUGUGCCGCAGCACAGCAACUUCAAAUUAAAGAUGAAUUGGAAAAUUACAGCUCCUUGGAUCUGACAGGCCCUCUUUUUCUCGGUGGGCUCGUGCAGCUACCAGUUAAAUUCCCAGUCCUCUACAAACAUUUCACUAGCGGCAUCAGAAAUGUUUACAUCGAUCACAAGUUCUUGGACCUCAGUCAGCCAUUGUACAACAACGGAACCAGUGCUAAAUGUAAAGCAAUGGGCAACACGUACGCAUAUAAACCUUGCAAGCGAGGCACGUGUUUUAACAUACUUGGUUCUCGCCGGUGUGACUGCUCCACUGGGUUUGAUGGAAGUCGCUGUGAAACAGGUGUGAAAUACACAGAGAGAUUCUCAGGACAGAGUUUUAGGAGGGUGCCUGCCAACUCAAAGGUCAAUCUUCCGUGGAGUGUUUCAAUGAGAUUCCGCACAGCCAAGCCUUCAGGAACUCUGCUUUUUCGUCAUCAUCUUCGGUGUCGGAGUUGUUUGAUGGUAAACUGUAAUACAACUACAGAGGGCUGUUGGUUCUCCAAUUGCCUCACAUAGCGGUGAAUGAUACCCAGUGGCAUCACAUUGAGAUCCUCUGGACAGAUUCUUCCCUUAACAUAACAAUGGACUACAUCUGCAAAGUCUCUGCAAAUUCAUCCAGUGGAAAACACCUUGGAGUUGUCAGACAGUUUUUCAUGGGAGCGAGGAAGAAUUCUACCAAGUCUGCAGUGUAUGGUGGAUUUAGAGGCUGUAUACAAGGGAUUUUUGUCGGGAGCACUGAGAUCAACAUGAACUCUGGAGUCAAUCACAAAACAGCAUCCAUCUGGUUGUGAAGAGAAAAUAGGACGCCACUGCUCAUCGAACCCUUGACCAGACUACAGCACGUGUCAAGAGGAAUUCGACUCUCACAAAUGCACAUGUCCUGUAGGUUGCGUUGGUAAACACUGCGUGCGCGUAUGUUCUCUUAAGCCGUGCUGACAUGGCAAAUGUGAUAGUUCAAACCAUGGAAAGGGAUUCCGAUGUGUUUGUCCUCAACAGUACACUGGGGAAUUUUGUGAGGUUCGCAUGGAGAUACCCUGUCGAGAUAAGUACUUUGGUGCUUCAAGUAUAGGCGUCUGUGGUCCGUGUAAAUGUGAAGUGGGGAUGAAUCUGAGUCCAGUUUGUAAAGGUCUACAGGAGAGUGCUACUGUAAUGCGAAGCACUAUCGAAAGAUUGUAAGCUAUACAUUCUCGGGUGCCCCUCUGUUUAGUGAUGGCUGUUUUAGAUGUGACUGUGAAGAGAUUGGUAGUACUUGUGAUCAGUGUGCUGCAGAGAAUGGCCAGUGCCCUUGUCUUAAAGGCCGAAGGGGAGGGAAGAAUGUGGUCGGGAGGCGUUGUAAUCAGUGCGAAGACAAACAGGGUCAGAUUGUGAGUGGUGGAGGCUGUGUGGUUAUUAACACAUCAUGUCCAAGAGCAUUUGCUGAGGAAAUAUGUUGGAAGAAAGCCGCGUUUGGGACAACAGCAAAAGAAAAAUGCCCAUUCGGAUCAUCGGGUUUGUGUUUUGAUUAACUUAACUUUUUUUGAAAAUUUUGUGAUCUCAGCAUCUAUGCCGACGUUUUUUUAAACUUGUUGAUGAAAUGUUGUAUAAGAAGGUAAUUGUUUAUAUCAUGUUAUAUCUAUGUUAAACCAUACAAUUUCUAGUUUUAGUUUUUCUCGUAGU